UGCGUCCCAACACCUGCUCCCCCGAACAACUGCUCCUCACAUUGUCAGCAGUUGAAACGCACUCCCAAGUCAGGCCGGCUGUUUCUGCUGCCAGUGCAGUUCCGGAGAUGUGUGUCGCUGGAAGGUUUAUAAUUACCUCCGAAUUAAAAAGGGAAACAGCCUCCCGAGGCUGGCUGGGGGAGAGCUGUUGACGUCUAUCCCCCCAUCGGAGGACGCAGAAGAAGACUGGGAGAAGAAAAACGGGUCUCUGGCAGCAAAAAUUUACAGAAGCACACAUGCUGAGGCAUCCUGCCAUUCACAGAGGAGCUGCUGGGAUAUGAAGUCCGGGGUCUUGGGUUGUGGGAAUGGCUCUUGAUAACUCAUUCACGCGCAAGGAGGAGUAUGAGACGCCUUCAGUUUCUGACCUACAGCACCUCUUACUGAAAAACAUUUACCCAACUGGACCCGUUAAUCAAGUCUGGCCCGGCAUCUACAUAGGCAACGCGGCCACGGCACGGGACAAGUCAACUCUGUCUAACAUGAGGAUCACCCACAUAGUGAACGCAGCCCAUGGUCCUCAUCACAUCAACACCGGCGCGCGCUUCUACAGCAACAUGACUAUAGACUACUACGGGGUGGAGGCGGAUGACGCCGAGGAUUUCGACCUCAGCCCCUUCUUCUACCCGACCGCAAAGUUCAUACGAGCCGCGCUUUCAAGGCAAGGUAGGGUGUUCGUCCACUGUGCGAUGGGGGUCAGUCGCGCUCCAACCCUGGUGUUGGCCUUCCUCAUGAUCCAUGAGAACAUGACACUGGUGGAUGCCAUCAACGCUGUCCGGCAGCACAGGGACAUCUGCCCGAACGCGGGCUUCCUGAGCCAGCUCCGGCGCCUCGACAAGAACUUAGCCUGGGAGAGGAAGAAAAAGGGAGACACAUACAAAGUGUAAAUGGGAUUGGUAACCACAUAAAGCAACGUACAUACACACAUACAAAUACAAAUAAUAUACCAGUAAAGACACAUAGGCCAGGGGUGUCUCAAACUCGUCUCUUGGAAGAUGGCAUUUGCAUUAGUUUGUUAGGAUAAUAAAUUCGCUUGUCUUAAAUGGUUCUGUUAAUUAUCUGACUUAUGUCUUUGUGUAUGCAUGCCUUUACAUCAAAUAGUUUUUAGUUUUUAAUUGGUCUUAGUUAUUUGGCCACAAGCUCCUAUACAUUUACAAAAGUUACGCAAAAGUUACGACUACUGUAUCAUUUGGUAAAAUGUUUGCAAUGGAAAUCCCUAAAUAAAGGAUAUCUAACUAAAUAAUUAAGAGUCAUGGUAAGAAACCAAACCCUAGCACAUGCAUAGCACAGCCCUCCAGCAAUUGACACCACCCAUAGACUGUACUUGUUCAUCUUUUUUACCCCUUCAUUAGCAGAUGACAUCCUGUCAACUCUCUCCCCCAAAACUAGCACAUAUGAUACCAGAGAUGGAAUUCAAAGCCUAUUUUCAGAAGAUAUCAGCUACAAAGGCGAGAAACCCCAGUUUUAAAGUUUUUCUGCAGGAUAGAUGCAUUGAACAUGAGCCAGUCGUAGUUAUUGUGCCAGUGAAGUUCUUAGACUGUUGAAAUCUGUGUGUUGUGGCUUGUUCUUUAUACUAUGAAGGUUCACCGAAGGAAAAAUGUAUGGUUGUAGGUCUCACGGCAACUACAUUCUUCGUAAUGCAUCCAUAAAGUAUCUAAUGUGUUGCAGUGUACUCAGGUAUUAUCUUGUAUCCAUUAACUUUCUACCAUCUCUGCAGCAAUAACAUUAAACUGGUUUUACAUCCUU